AUGGAGUGUGAAACCUUGUUGGGUGCAGAAAACAACUCAUUUUGUAAAUGGUUCAGCCUUCAAGCAAACGCGACACCAAACCACGAAGCGCAUUCUGGCAUCACACCCGGGACAGCAAGCGCCUAUCAGGUUCCACGUUCAAGAGCAAAAGGCCGUAGGCCAUUUGAAUUUAGGACAAGCAACUUUGAUAUCCGAAAACAAAGAAAUGCAGCUUCGUCCAGAGCUGGGUUCGCUACAGAUAAUUCCUCUGCUGGAUUGCCUAAAGCUGUUAUUUAUUGUGUGACGAAAUUCAGGUCAUAUUCCACCACCAAUCUCCGCAAAAGCCUUCUCAGAAUUGCAUCUUAUCGUGGUCGCGGGUUGCUGGAUCAUUGCCAACAAACUAGGGGCACUGAUUGGAAGAUCAUGAAAAUGGCACUAAUUUGUGAGCCGGAAGUGAACACCUUCGCCCGUUCAAGGGGUCCUUAUUCCGACGAGAUCAAAUGA